UGUUUACUUCCCGGGUCAAAGCCCCUCCACGGCCCCAGAGCAGCCGCCGCCGCCUGCGGAGGGAGCAGGGGGGUUUACCCGGAGCCCCGGACCGAGAGCGAGUGUCUGAGCAACAUCCGCGAGUUCCUGCGCGGCUGCGGCGCCUCCCUCCGCCUGGAGACUUUUGACGCAAAUGAUCUGUAUCAGGGACAGAACUUCAGCAAGGUUCUCAGCUCCCUAGUUGCUCUAAAUAAAGUAACUGCAGACAUUGGGCUAGGAAGUGAUUCCGUAUGUGCACGGCCCUCAUCUCAUCGGAUAAAAUCUUUUGAUUCCCUUGGAUCCCAGUCUUUGCACAGUAGAACUUCAAAACUCUUUCAGGGACAGUAUCGAAGUUUGGACAUGACCGAUAACAGCAAUCACCAGCUGGUGGUGAGAGCAAAAUUCAGUUUUCAACAGACCAAUGAAGAUGAACUUUCUUUUGCAAAAGGAGACAUUAUUCAUGUUACGAGAGUGGAAGAAGGAGGCUGGUGGGAAGGGACUCACAAUGGCAAAACAGGAUGGUUUCCUAGUAACUAUGUACGAGAAAUAAAAUCAAAUGAAAAACCAGUCUCCCCCAAAUCAGGAACACUGAAGAGUCCUCCCAAAGGUUUUGAUACGUCUGCAAUUAGCAAAAGCUAUUACAAUGUGGUGCUACAAAAUAUUUUAGAAACAGAAAAUGAAUAUGCUAAGGAACUACAGACAAUGCUUUCAAACUACUUGCGACCGUUACAAGUCAGUGAAAAAUUAAACUCUGCAAAUACUUCAUAUUUAAUGGGAAACCUGGAAGAAAUCAGUUCUUACCAGCAAAUGCUUGUACAGUCAUUAGAAGAAUGCACCAAGUUGCCUGAAGCUCAGCAGAGGGUUGGAGGAUGCUUUCUAAAUUUAAUGCCACAAAUGAAAAACUUAUACCUUGCAUACUGUGCCAACCACCCGUCAGCAGUAAAUGUUCUCACAGAACACAGUGAGGAACUAGGAGAAUUUAUGGAAAUGAAAGGUGCCAACAGCCCUGGGAUCCUUGUAUUGACCACUGGCCUCAGCAAACCUUUCAUGCGCCUGGAUAAAUACCCCACGUUACUCAAAGAGCUUGAAAGGCACAUGGAGGAUUAUCAUCCCGAUCGACCAGACAUUCAGAAAUCCAUGACAGCCUUCAAAAACCUUUCCGCUCAGUGUCAAGAGGUACGGAAAAGAAAAGAACUUGAACUCCAAAUACUGACGGAAGCCAUCCGCUGCUGGGAGGGAGAGGACAUUAAAACACUGGGCAAUGUAAUUUACAUGUCCCAGGUCAUGAUUCAGUGUGCUGGAAGUGAGGAAAAGAAUGAAAGAUAUCUUCUUCUCUUCCCUAAUAUUUUGCUUAUGUUGUCUGCCAGCCCUAGGAUGAGUGGGUUUAUCUAUCAGGGAAAACUGCCAAUGACAGGAAUGACCAUCACAAAGCUAGAAGACAGCGAAAAUCACAAAAAUUCAUUUGAAAUAGCAGGAAAUAUGAUUGAGCGGAUAUUAGUAUCGUGUAACAACCAACAAGAUUUGCAUGAAUGGGUGGAUCAUCUGCAGAAGCAAACCAAAGUUACAACUGUUGGGAAUCCCACUAUUAAACCUCAUUCUGUGCCAUCUCACACUCUUCCUUCUCAUCCAGUAACACCAUCCAGCAAACAUUCAGACAGCAAACCAGUACCACUGACUCCUGCAUACCACACGCUUCCACAUCCUUCACAUCAUGGGACUCCACAUACCACUAUAAACUGGGGACCUCUGGAACCUCCUAAAACUCCCAAACCUUGGAGCUUGAGCUGUUUACGACCUGCACCUCCUCUACGGCCUUCAGCAGCUCUCUGUUAUAAAGAGGAUCUCAGUAAAAGCCCUAAAACCAUGAAAAAGCUGCUUCCUAAGCGCAAGCCUGAACGGAAGCCAUCAGACGAAGAGUUUGCACUGAGAAAAAGUACAGCUGCAUUGGAAGAAGAUGCUCAGAUUCUUAAGGUCAUUGAAGCAUACUGCACAAGUGCCAAAACACGCCAAACACUAAAUUCAACAUGGCAAGGCACUGACCUGAUGCAUAAUCACGUCUUGGCUGAUGAUGACCAAUCAAGUCUAGACUCCUUGGGUCGUCGCAGUAGCCUUUCUCGUUUGGAGCCUUCAGACCUCUCAGAAGACUCUGACUAUGACAGUAUAUGGACAGCCCAUAGUUACAGAAUGGGGUCUACAUCUCGUAAGAGCUGUUGCUCAUAUAUCUCUCACCAGAACUAAUGCACUUCUGAGCUUUUCUUAACAAAUGCUUGUUGUAUCACAGCCUGCUUUUCUUAGAUGUUUUCUUGCUGUUCCUUGUCUCUUCAAUGUGAUAUUUUAACAACUUUUGAGAGAGUUUCUGAUAUUUCAAUUGUACCUCGUGGGAGGCUCUAUUGCCAAUUUAAUACACAUAUAAUUCAGUCAUUCUAAAUUGAGAGUGUAUAUCCUGUUAAGGAUAUUAUACAUUUAGGGUUUUUUAAAAGUGACAGCCAUUGAUUUGUAGCUAUGAAUAAUCUGUUUUUUGACUUGGUCAGUGUAGCAACAAUUCCUCCCACCCCCCGAUACAGCACGUUUUUGUAUUUUGUACUGAAACCAUACUGGUUUGUGAGCUAAGUGCCAGCAAUAUGGAACUACUUUAGCCUUAUAGUGGUCUAGUUUUCUAUGUAUUAUAAACACAAGGUAUAAAGCAGGGAGAACAAGAGAAAAUAAUUUUUAAAAUAUGCAGUACAAGAACUGUAAAAUUAUUCAGAUACUCCUAUAUCUGGGCAAUCUGUAUGGCAGAGUGUUUGAUUAUCUAUGAAAAUGUUUAUAUUGCUGUCUUUUUUUCAUUGCUUAGACAUGGGUGAAGAAUCAUACAUUUUUCAAAAGUUAAGCAGUUGUCUUAAAGACCUGGAAGUCUGUGUUGUUAAAUGCAGUGUAUAGUUUCUCUCUACCAAUAGUCAUACUGUCUGUAUGUAUUAGUGUGGAGGGUUCCAGGUUUUAGACGCUGAUCUGCCUAGUAAAAUGCACAACUAUCAACAAAUCAUCGGUCCUUCUCUAUGAAAACCACAAAAUCCAAUCUGGAAAAAACCAUUCAGAAAGGUUCCCGUUAUGAAAGCUUGAGUAUCCAGCAUCUGAAACUGUUGGUAUAAUUGUGGUCAAAAUUGGGUUGUAGGAAGUCCUUAAAAGUGGAAUGCCUGGCUUUGGUUUUCACAGUUUGGAUAUAUCUGAGACAUGUAUUUAUUGUGUUUUGUAAUUGCUCUCAUAAGCACAUUGGUUUUCAGCAACCAGCUCUUCAUGCAGAGUAACUUUAGCUUUGCAGAGAACUGAAUUUGACACAUUAUAUAUUCAGUUCCAAAUGUGACACAAUAUAUAUUCUGCACCUGGGACGUUGGUGGGGGAAAGUUGUGUUCUGUAUUGUGGAUAACAUAAUUGGAAUUGAAAUGAAAACCUUUCUGUAUUCCAAAUCCUUAUUAACAUUAGCAUUAAGAAAACAGCCGCAUCCUAAAAGAGCGAUAACAUUUUUUUGCCUUCCUUAAAAUUCCAGGAUGCUGUAUUUUUUUUUUCAGAUAUGUACAGUGCUCAGUGUUCUGAUAUCACUACAUGAACAAAUUAAGAUAGGUGCAAUUGUUGCUGCCUGGGAAUUUGAUCACACUGUUUACAAGCCCUGAGGCAAUAGUAAACUCCUGCAGGUGAUUUAAGCAGGAAACCAAUGGUUACACAUGAACGAUCCCACAAGGAUGUGAAAAUGGACAAGCUGUGUUAGAAGCAGUUCAUAUCCAAAACUUCACUAUCAAUUUUUAGUGUUGAUAACCUACUUGUUACUCUAGAUAAUGAAAAUUGAGAUGCUUAUCAGAAAAAUUUCAGGGGUUUAUUAUUGUCCUAGUCAUUUUAUUGACCCUUUGUGGCAGCAAGGUACGUGAAUGCACUGUGUCUAAUAUUAACUAGGAAAAAUUGCUGAGGGGACAAAUAUAUGGUGUAUGUACUCCAUGCUAUAUCAGACAAUACCUCUGUAAACCACUUAGCUUUCAUUUUUAUUUUCAAAGUCACAUAGAGGAUUCACUUCCUAUUUAUAAUGCUGAAAGCAUGGGUCAUUUUUUCCCCUGAUUUUUUCUUUUAAAGCAGUAGUGUUCUGGUGGAAUAAUAUUGAUGUUUUUUCUGCAUUGGUUAAAUGACUGUUCAUUUACAUACUACUACUAUGUUACAUAUAUUAUGUACUGUAAAUAUUAUGAGUUUUUGAAAUAGUUGCUGCACUUAAACUUUCCUUUAUCGCUCAAAAUAAUGCUUUUGUUACCCAGAUUUUAUUGACUUUCUAUGCACCAAAGCUUUGACAGUUUACCACCAUUCAUUAUUGCAGCAAUUAAAUCGUUAACUGUCAUCAGAAUGAUGUUAUUUUAUGAUGAUGGUCUUCAGUGCCAACAUCACUGCAGAAUUAAAAAUCAUAUCUGCGUUUUCAGUGUUACAGAUCACUAGCUAUUGUCAAUUAAUCAGAAAUAUUAAUGCAAGAAGCUUAAAAAAUACCAGUGUGAAAAUGGUGGUAUUCAGUCCAAAGGUUCAGUGUUUCUAUUUUUGUGGAACUUUAGUCAUGCUAAUAAUAGUACCUUAUGUUUAUGCAAUUCUGUAAAAUAUAUGUGUACAGUUAGUAUUAUACUGAAAGAAUGCAGAAUCUGAAUUAGAAGGUAGGUUUAAGCCAUUGUCAGCUCCUUUCCAUGUGGCUUAAAUGGUGUUUCCAUUAAAUGAGUAUUUAACAUAAAUUGACACCAAGCUAUAUUAAUUGUGUUUUUUGCAUAAUCUUGCCAAAACACAGUAAUGUGUAUAUAGUGACGUAAAACAUUGACAGAUCUAUAUAUUGUGCAUUUCAUUUGUGAAUGGGAAAAGCCAUCUUUAGUAGGUGACUGACUUUUGAAAAUACAAACUGGAUGUAUAUCUAAAUGUUGCAUUGUAUUGUACAGUAUGCCUAUUAUUGUUUGUGGUUGCAUAUAGCAAUUAAGUGUUUUGUUUUAUAAAAAAAAAAAAAAAAGGACAUCUGUUAUGUACAGUUGAAAUAAAUUUUGCAUUUGCUAGCCUGUGACUAAUAUUUAAUCAUUAUACAGGGGAAAGGACAGCAUUACUUACAAUUUCACAUUUGUUUGGCUUUUCUGAAAGUAGCAUAAUAAAAUGAAAGCCAAAUGCUAAAAUAAGAGAACCAACCUGCUUUAGUGAAGGUGUUCAUGUAUGAUUUGUGUUUAAUGUAAUCUAGACAGUCUAAUGUAAUCCAUCAUAGUAUAAGUUAUUCUGUGUCCUGCUGUUUUUUUGUUUUUUUUUCUUAUUUUAAAACUUUCCAUCUCUAGAGAUAUUGUCAUCUACAGAACAUGUUUCCCAUUUCCAUUUAUGGAAAUAGUGUUUCCCCCCUUAAUAUGAGAAAACUUAAAUUGAUUUUUGUCAAUUUAUCCUUGGUAGCGGAACAGGCAAAGCAGUCGCUCAGGAGGAAAUUGGAUCAAUUUAUAAAAGAUUGAAUAAAAUAUGCAGAGGGCCUAGUACACAGGAACAAACAGUACAAAUUAGUGCAUAUAUCUGUGGUCUUAAAGUUUUGCUGCUAAUGUAGCAAUUCUUUUCUAGCCCCACGGCCAUCUAACUGAAUGGUGAGCAUAAUCUUUUCUGAUGAACAUCUGUAUCAAUUAGGGAAAUGUGGGCAAGUCUGUAUCUAAAGUAAGUAUUCUUUGUAUAUCCUUUAAAAUUUUUUCUUAGGGCUCUUCAUACAGUCAUUAUUCCAAAAGUAGAAAGCCCCUUAUUUAGUAUUACUCCAUUCAUAUACGCCAGCUGUGCGUCCUGUUAUUUUUUCCAAGGAUUUACUUGUGUCUAUAAACUCUUUAAAAUUGCUCCAAAAAAUGACUGAAUUUGACAUAUUGGCAUACAAAUAAAAUGAUGGAUUUUUAGUUCCCAGCCCUACAAACUCAGCCUGAGAUCGGAAAGUCCUGCUAGGUUCUUUCCUACUGAUGUAUAACCACCAGCAACAAAGUUUCGUCAGAUCAGCUUCUGUCUUUAGCUAAUAACUGCACCUGUGCAGCCCCUUUGUACUUAAGCAUAUCUUUGCAACCUAGUGGUUUUCAAUAGUAUUUGAUACGUUAGACUUAGGGCAAAAUUUUGCUCUGCAGUUGGAACCUGGUUAACAAUUCCCUUGAUGCACAAGAAAGCACAGAAUACCGCUCACUCUUCUUUAGAUCUGUACGGGCUAACAGGAAUAAAAAGUAGCAAAAACUUAUUCUGAAAACACACACGGCCUAGAGGUACCAUUUUUAGGGUUCUUCACAGUAGAACACUCUGUAAAGUUUGUUCAAUGGGCAACUGGGUGCCUGAUUUGGCAGCAGUAUCCAUCUGUGUUAAUUAUUAGAAUGUGAAUAAUGCAGUGAAAAGUUGAACAUUUAAAGUAUGCACAGGUCUGAUUUGCACGUGAAUAUACCACAAGUGUACAUCCAAAUGGCCAGUUAGAUACCUAACUAGUAGGGCUGUCAAGCAAUUAAAAAAAUGAAUUGCGAUUAAUCAUACCGUUAAUAAUAGAAUACCAUUUAUUGAAAUAUUUGGAUGUUUUCUACAUUUUCAAAUAUAUUGAUUUUCAGUUACAACACAAUACCAAGUUACAGUGCCCACUUCAUAUUAUUUUUUUAUUACAAAUAUUUGCACUGUGAAAAAGAUAAUAGAGAGUAUUUCAGUUCACCUCAUACAAGUACUGUAGUGCAAUCUCUUUAUCGUGAAAGUGCAACUUACAAAUGUAGAAUUUUUUUAACGUAACCGCAUUCAAAAAUAAAACAAUGUAAAACUGUAGACAGUGUUUCUCAAGCUUUUGAUGCUGGCUACCCCAACUGGACUUAAAAAAAAAAUCAUGACCCCACCCACUAGAAAAAAAAUCGUGAUCCCCCUGCAUUCAGCCUCUUGGGGCACAGGCCUUCGGCCCCCCUCGGGGUGCGAGCCUUCGGCCCCGCUGACUCCGAAGUCCGAUUAACACAUUAAAAAAAUUUACGCGUUAAUCAUUCUGUCACUUAAUCCUUAAUUGACAGGCCUAAUGCAAGGUGAAAGGUCAUGGGGACUUAAUAGUUGGAAGUGACGAAGGAGUGUUUUGGUUGAUGACUAUGAGCUGCCAAUGUGAUGCAGCUGUGAAAAAGGCUAAUUCAGUCCUAGCAUGCAUCAGGCAAAGUAUUUCCAGUAGAGACAGGGAAGUGUUAUUACCGUUGUACAAGGCUCUGAUGAAACCUCAUCUGGAAUACUGGGUGCAAUUCUGGUCUCCCAUGUUUAACAAAGAUGAUUUCAAACUGGAACAGGUUCAGAGAAGGGCUGCUAGGAUGAUCAGAGGAAUGGAGAAAUUACCUUACAAGAGGAGAUUUAAGGACUUUGGCUGAUUUAGCCUAAC